CACUAUUUUCUUAGCUUUGCACUUUACAUUUUUGCCUUUUUCAAGUGGAAAACAGAUACAAGUGUAGAAAGUGCAACUGAAACGAUUAGGCCUCUUAUCGCAAAGAGCGGCGAACUUCAGUGUUUAGUGUUUACUGAUGACACAUGUUUCAAAGGUUAUAUCUAUUGCUGACACGAAUGAUAUAACUGUUCGAUUAAAAUAAAUAAUUUUGAUAAUACUGUCUUAACAGCAACCUCUGAUUGAUCAGAAAACAAUUUAACUCAUGGAUAAUAAUUAAUUAAUACAAUUAAUAAAUAUAUUAUUGAACCAUUAAUUGUCGUUAUUCGAUCAAAAUUCGUAUUAUUAUGAAACGAGAGGAAUCUUUAGCUGGAUGGAAUAUUAUAUGGUGGUUAUUUAAGUUAUUCGGUCUCCCAAUCACUCUUCCUUGGCUCGUGUAUCAUUUUUAUGAUAUUAUGCAGCAAAAACGGAGAAGAGCUGCUCUUGGCAAUAAGGUUGUGAUGAUAACCGGUGCUAGUUCUGGCUUAGGAGAAGCUUUGGCUCAUAUAUUUUACAGUUCAGGUUGCAGAGUUAUCUUGGUAUCUCGUAGAAAAGAGGAGUUGGAAAGAGUAAAAAAUGAUUUAAUAAAUACUCAUCAAACAGUUCCAACUUAUCCACCUAUCGUUUUAGCAUUAGAUUUAACGGAUAUCAACAACCUGCAAGAUGAAGUGUCAAAAGCUAUAAUGGUACACGGCAGAAUUGAUGUUUUGAUUAAUAAUGCCGGCAUUUCGUAUAGGGGAGAAGUUAUUGAUACGAAUGUUGAUGUGGACAUCAAAGUCAUGCUAUCGAAUUAUUUCUCUCAGAUUGCAUUAAGCAAAAUUGUUCUUCCAUAUAUGAUAAAGCAACAAUCUGGUCAUAUAAUUGGCAUAAGUAGUGUGCAAGGGAGAAUCGCUAUUCCAUUUAGAUCUGCCUAUGCUGCGUCUAAACAUGCAUUGCAAGCUUGGUACGAUACUGCCAGAGCAGAACUAUCUGACAAGAAUAUAAAAUUUACAGUCAUCAAUCCAGGGUACAUUAAAACAGCUCUUUCUCUUAAUGCGUUGACAGGAAAUGGACAAGUUUAUGGACUAAUGGAUAAAACAACUGAAAGUGGUUAUCCACCGAAGUACGUAGCUGAAUGCAUCUUAAAAUCUGUAUUGAAGCAAGAAAAGGAAGUUACUAUUGCGUCGUUUUCUCCAAAGUGUGCUAUAGUGCUUAGAACCUUGUUUCCUUCGCUUUAUUUCUGGAUUAUGCAAAAACGUGCGAGAAAAUUAGCACGGGAUAAAUAAUAUUAUUUGAAUUAAAUAUCAUACUGUUUAGUUACACAUCAAGUGAUUGCUUUGUGUUUGUUGCGGAUUUAUGUAUAUAUAUUUUUUAUGUAUAAAGUAAAAUGUUUUAGAAUAUAACUAUAUAAUUUAACAGGGUAUAAAUCUACG